CCUUAGACAUAAGGCAAAGCGACCGCCUCUAACGCCUGUACAGAAAAUCACCACUGAGUAAGAAUUCUGUGUAGGAUGUUGGAAAAACUGUUUAUUUAGUAUCAGAGUACUCGGGCUCUCAAGGUUCAAACGAAUUAGAUAGAUCGAAUCGGUAGAUUUUGUCUAUCAUGAUUCAAGAAAUGUAAUAAAAAAUUUCGCCGUUUUCAUUAAAUCACAUCUCUUUAUCAGAAGUAGCCAUCAAUGGUAUUUUUUUUUUUAUCGGCACUGAUUACAGAAUAGCAGUUCAUCAAAUAUUCGUCUUUCAUAUUCAUUAUCAGAGUGAGUCUAAGCUUCAAUCCAUCCCUGACUGUAAUCGUGUGAAACUUAUGUUUGUUUAACCUCUCUUCUUCUAGUGCAACAGAUUUCAUUCAAAGGUCUUGGUAUUAAUUACGGUAAAUAUGGAUCGGAAUUAUAUAACAGAAAUGUCUUCUGAUGAAUGUGGCGUGAAUACUUAUGUUUAUCAAAAAUGGCUGGAACUCACUGCAGAUGUAGAAAAUAGCAUUAAAGAAAAAUGGUGGAAUACUUUGAAAUCCCAUUACUCAGAGGACAGUCGAAAGUAUCACACAUUUUUUCAUCUAAAACACAUGUUUAAUCACCUUGAAUCGCUUAAUAAUGAAAUUCAGAAUAAGAAUGCAGUGUCUUAUGCAAUUUUCUUCCAUGAUGCAGUGUAUGAUGCCCGCUCUCAGGAAAAUGAGGAACAAAGUAUUAAGUUGUUUAAUGAAUUUGCCUCAGAAUCGGGAAUCUCAAAAAAACAAGAAUUAGUUUCUAAAGUUGAAGAAUUAAUAUUGGCCCUAAAAGCGCACUGUACUGAAGAGCAUAAGACAGAAGGGGUGUUUGGUAAAGAUGAUGUGCAUUAUUUUCUGGAUUUUGAUAUCAGCAUAUUGGGAUCAGACCCUGUUGAAUAUAAGAAAUAUACUCAGCAGAUUCGAGAAGAAUACAGUUUUUUAUCAAAGGAGAAAUACAACUUUCUACGAUCAAAGGUUCUUCAAUUAUUUUUGCAAAUACCAAACAUUUAUGCAACUCAGGCAUUUCGAGAAAAGUAUGAAGAACAAGCUAGAAAUAAUAUAUUAAGUGAAAUAGAAUGUCUGAAAACUGAUACUAAAUAAUAAUUCAGUUCCUUUCACCUACAUCCUUACAAAAUGGUUAAGCUGUUUUUAAAGUAAGGAAGGAAUAUUGUAGUAAAAUUAUAUUGAUGUUUAGAACAAUAUAUAUAUAUGUAUUGUCGUGUUCCAUUUUUGAAUACCAUUUUUAUUUUGGAAAAUCUACAGUAAUGCAGCUAAGUUUGUAUAUGAUAACAAAUUGAUAUGUUUACGUUACUUUGAUAAUGAAUUUGGCUGCUGGUAUAUGUUGAUAACUAGUCUGUUUUUGUAACCAAUAUGUCAAAUUUUAAUAAAAAUGCUCUGUUUAUUUUUA